AUGUUGUCUCGAUCUUCCGCUUCGGCCAGUCGGCAAUGCUCGCGGGAUCUGCUACGCACCGUCCCUGGCGCUUCAGUACGACCGCGAGCCGGGACACAUCUGAUCGCGCAGAGACAGAAGCACCACGCCGCGACACAAUCCCCUCUAACCGCGUCUCAAUACACGCCACGGACAACGAAUACCCCCCAAAAUGGCACGGCGCAGUGGUACACCGCACAGAGACUCUCAUCGACCGCCGCACCCUCCGAGACGCCACCCGACAACAAUGACAAGCUCUCUGCCCUGGUCGACCGGAUCAGUGAAAAUGAGGCCAGAAUGAUGGGGCUGUUGGAAGAGCUGGAGAAUAUGGAGAUUAUAGAGAAUAUGGAAGAUAUGGAAGACGUCGACGACCUAGAUCUCGUGCAGCUGCUGCUCGGAAACCGUGACGAACACACUGCCGAGGCAUGGGUGCAGAAGGUCCGGCAGCAGUUCGGCGAAAACGUUCCUCUCGGGGCUCUGGACGAGUCCGAUCUUCAGCUCUACACCAGUCUUUACGGCGAACCAAUCAUCAUCGGGGAGGAAAUCUCCGACGUGGACUUUGAGGGCGAGGAAGACGAGAGGCUGUUCCUCGAAGACGAGCACGGGGGAUGGGAGGAGGUGGAGGUUGAGCAAGACGCAUACACGCAGAAUGAAGAGGAAGCGCCCCUCGUCUACGAUAUGGAGACUGGGCCGGUGGAGGAGGAAACGAUUGCCAUGCGGCGAACACGCGAAGUGGCUGAGCAGCUGGGCGGCGAGAUCAUGCUGGAGCAGUUCGAGAACGAAGCCAAUCCCGACUCGGCACCGCGCUUUCAUCCUCUGACCCUGCAGGGCAAAUUCUCAACAGACCCCAGCACUGUUUAUUUGCCGAAAAGUACACUGACAGACCCCAUCUCCUCAAUCUUGGCUGAGUUCUCCAACAAGCAUGUCGCCGACACUGCGCGACGCCUGUUUGGCGGUCCGGGGCUGCCUCAUUCGACCACGACUGCGCCGCCUCGCGCCCAACUCCCACAGCUUCCUAUUCCUCUCCAUGCGUCGCAGCAUCACAUGGGUGACAUGGAGGCUAACGCGUACCUCGCGGCCUUGUAUCCGGGCAUCUACGCAUCGGUUCUGAGUAUCCUGGUGGAGAUUCGCAAGCGCUUGGGCACAGAUUGGAUCCGCAGUCUCAUGUCACAAGAAGGCGGACCGAACGUGCUCGAUGCCAGUGGCGGCGGUGCCGGUAUCCUGGCCUGGAGAGAUGUCCUUCGUGCAGAAUAUGAGCUGAUGGUGCCUGACCACCCGGAGGGUGCGCCCAUCCCGCUGGGCCGAUCUACCGUAUUGACCGGGUCCGAGGCCCUUCGUCUGCGUGCCAGUGCUAUGCUAGAAGACACGAGCUUCCUCCCCCGUCUACCGGACUACGUCCACGUGCGCGAGAAACCAACCCUAGACGAUGAGCGCCCUGCUCCUAAACGCAAGCAGUACGAUAUCAUCAUCGCACCGCAUUCCCUCCUCGGUUUCACGGAGGACUACGAGCGCAAGGAACACGUUGAGAACCUAUGGGCCCUCCUCAACCCCAACGGCGGGGUCCUGGUUCUCCUCGAGAAAGGCCGCCAAAAGGGCUUCGAGGCCAUCGCGGGAGCCCGCGAGAUGCUUCUGAAGCGGCACAUCGCCAGCCCCGGCUCAACAGAAUAUACCAAUUUCACCGAGUCCCCGGACUCCGCCGAAACCGUGGACAAGGAGCCCGGGAUGAUCAUCGCCCCCUGCACGAACCAUUCCACUUGUCCGAUGCACAACCCCGCCGGCCCAAGCAAAGGCCGCCGAGACUACUGCCACUUUGAGCAGCGAUUCAUCCGCCCGCCCUUCCUGCAGCGCAUCAUGGGCGCCAAGGACCGGAACCACGAGGACGUCAAAUUCAGCUACCUGGCCGUGCAGCGCGGGGCCGAUCUGCGCCAGACACAGAACAUCAUCCAGGACGCCGCUAUCACCGACACCGCAUUCGAGGGCUACGAGAACCUCGACGAAGAAGCAGACCUUCCUUCUUCUGCUGUUGAGCCGCUCUCCCUCCCGCGCGCCGUUUACCCACCCCUCAAACGCCGCGGGCACGUCAUCUUCGACUUCUGCACGCCAGCCGGCAAAAUCGAGCGCUGGACCGUGCCUCGCUCGUUCAGCCGGCAGGCCUAUCGCGAUGCGCGCAAGGCAAGAUGGGGAGAUCUGUGGGCGUUGGGCGCGAAGACGCGCAUCCCGCGCAAGUUGAAUCUGGGCGAUAAGCAUGGCGAGGGGAAGAAGGAGCGUUUGGCGAGGAGGGCGAUGAGUAAGGCGCGUCAGGCCGCGGAGGAGGGCGAGGGCGAGUUUGAUGAUGAGGCCCUGGAUGAAGGCGAACUGGAAGGUCUUGAGGAUGAGGAUGGGGCUGAUGAUGGGAUCCCGCAGAUUGCGGUUAGGAAGAAGGGGCAGAAUAUCCCCAGUUGGAAGAAGUAUAAUGAUAAGAAGAAGGUUAGGCAGGCUAUGAGGAGGCAGUCGGCGGACGGUUUGUGA